AUGAAAUUUUAAAAUCCCAAAGGUAUAUUUUCUGUGAUCUUUGUCUAUGCCAUCAUCUUGAGUGAGUAUUAUGUAUUUGUAUUUCAUUAUUUACCUUAUAGAUAUAGCAAUGUAAAAUAUUUAUCAUUAGUAUAGAAUAGUGGAUCCACAAUUUUUAUUGGAAUAGAAUUCACACUUAUCUACAUAAUUAUUCAUUGGGCGUACAUUCAAGCUCAAAUUCAAUCUCCUGGGCAUCCCUCUCCUGAUUUGGUAUUUGAAUCGCCCUAAAUUUAGGCAAAAAACUAUCAAGAACAUAUAUUAGAAGAAAUCAAGAACAGAACUAAAAAACAUACAGAAAUUAUUCAAAAAAAAAGAAAACAAAAGUUAAUGAAGAAAUAUGAAUUAGCAAUUGAUGAAGAAGAUGAAAUAUUGUAAUCCAAAAUAACAACAUAUCAUUUAGUGACAUAAUUUAAACUAUGUAACUUGAUUCCUAUUGUUUCAAAUGCAAAAAUAUCAAAUAACCCAGAACUCAUCAUUGUAAAGAAUGUAAUAAAUGCAUUUUAAGAAUGGUAUUUUUUAAUUUGGCUUCAAUAGGAUCAUCAUUGUCGUUGGGUUAAUAAUUGUAUUGGGAUGAAAAAUCAUAGGUUUUUUUGUUAAUUUAUAAUCUAUGCGUUGCUAUGUAUGUCUCAAUGUGUGAUAUUCAUUACAAUUGAACUCUUUAGUGGAACUUAACUUAAAGGAAAUUCCAAGUUUCUUUGCCAAAUGUGUGCCCUUACAUGUUUACUUUUAUGUCUUUCUAUGGGAACUCUUCUGUCAUUUCACUUAUAUCAUAUAGCGAAAAAUGUGACAACGGUUGAAUUUCACAUAGAAGAAAUGAAAACUGACAAUCCAUUUCGAAAGUUAAAAAUUAUAGACAAUUUUAGAGAACUCUUUGGUUAACUUUAUAUCAAUUGGAUUUUGCCAUUAACUGAGAAUGAAAGUAAGACAAAAAUUACAAAUGACUCAUUCGAAUUAUGA